CUCGCUCUCGUGGUUUAAGACAGAAUUCGUAGGCCUGGACAUCCACCCAAGCUGGAACAUGCGUACCUUCUGUCUGUUCUUAAAAUCCCUGCCACGUUCCCCUAUUUUCGUUUGCUAUUGAUUCUUGGUGUCACCGAGCAGCCCAUGGUGUCUUGAAUUCGUAAUUCUCUUUCCUCUGUCUCCCUGGUUCGAGGAUUGUAGGCAUACACCAGCACACCAGCUUGGUUUGUUUUGUUCCUGUCCAUCGAUUUUCAGGAGAUGGAGAUGACAUGUCACAUCUUCCCUUUCCUCAAGUAAUCUUUUAAACCUGUGACAAAACCCUUUGUGUGUUUUGGUGCAUGCCCAGGUGCCAGAGUUUGGCCUCCCCACCCGCCAUCAUUUCUGUGGUGUCCUUUGACUUUGUUUUUUGAAGCAGGGCUUCUCAUUGUCCUCAAUUAGGCUAGGCUGGCCAGCCGGCCAGUGAAUCACAGAGAUCCAUCUAUCACUGUUUCCCCGGCACUGGUGAUUUCACUGAGCACCGUCCUGCCUGGCUUUUCUGUUUUAUUUCAUGUGCAUUGGUGUUUCACCUGCAUGGAGAUCUGUGUGCCUGGUGCCUUGCUUGUGAAACUGAACACAGAAGUAUGGAUAUGGGAAACCAACACCCCUCGAUUAGCAGGCUUCAGGAGAUCCAGCGGGAAGUGAAGAGUGUAGAGCAGCAGGUGGUCGGCUUCAGCGGCCUGUCCGAUGACAAGAACUACAAGAGGCUGGAGAGGAUUCUGACCAAACAACUUUUUGAAAUUGACUCUGUGGAUACAGAAGGAAAAGGAGACAUCCAGCAAGCUAGGAAGAGGGCCGCACAGGAGACAGAGCGCCUCCUCAAAGAGCUGGAGCAGAAUGCAAACCACCCACACCGGAUUGAAAUCCAGAAUAUCUUUAAGGAAGCUCAGGCCCUUGUGAAAGAAAAGAUUGUGCCCUUUUACAGUGGAGGCAACUGUGUGACUGGCGAGUUUGAGGAAGGCAUCCAGGACAUCAUUCUGAGGCUGACACAUGUUAAAACUGGAGGGAAGAUCUCCUUGCGGAAAGCAAGGUACCACACACUAACCAAGAUCUGUGCAGUGCAAGAGAUUAUUGAAGACUGUAUGAAGAAACAGCCUUCCCUGCCGCUUUCUGAGGAUGUGCAUCCUUCUGUUGCCAAAAUCAACUCUGUGAUGUUUGAGGUGAACAAGGCCAGAGGGACUCUGAUCGCACUUCUGAUGGGCGUGGACAGUACGGAGACUUGCAGGCACUUAUCAUGCGUGCUAUCAGGACUGAUUGCUGACUUAGAUGCUCUAGAUGUAUGUGGGCGUACGGAGAUCAGAAAUUAUCGAAGGGAGGUGGUGGAAGAUAUCAACAAAUUACUGAAAUACCUAGAUUUAGAAGAGGAAGCUGACAGUACACAUGCAUUUGACCUGGGACAGAACCAUUCCAUUAUAAAAAUAGAAAAUGUCCUCAAGAGGAUGAGAGAAAUAAAAAAUGAACUUCUCCAGGCACAGAGCCCUCCUGAAUUGUACCUGAGGUCCAAGACAGAACUUCAGGGCUUGAUCGGACAGCUGGACCAAGUGAGUCUUGAGAAAAACCCCUGCAUCCGGGAAGCCAGGAGACGGGCAGUGAUUGAGGUGCAGACUCUGAUCACAUACCUGGACCUGAAGGAAGCCCUUGAGAAGAGGAAGCUGUUCCCAUGUGAGGAGAACCCCCCACAUAAGGCUGUGUGGGAUGUCCUGGGAAACCUCUCAGAGAUCCAGGGCGAAGUCCUCUCAUUUGGUGGGAAUCGAACUGAUAAGAACUACAUUCGUCUGGAGGAGCUCCUGACCAAACAGUUGCUGGCUCUGGAUGCUGUUGACCCACAGGGAGAAGAGAAGUGUAAGGCUGCCAGGAAACAGGCUGUGAAGCUGGCCCAGAACAUCCUCAGCUACCUUGACAUGAAGUCGGACGAGUGGGAGUACUGAUGGACCGGGAGCUGACCUCACUGGUUCGCACUUUAUCUCCAUUAGAGAGCUGUCAGCUCAUGGAGCCUAAAUGUCAUUUCUAUGUGCAUAGUCAAUCUCAGUAUUUAUGAUUUAAUCAAAUUAUAUUCAGUAUUUCUGCUGCUUUUGAUGUUGCAAACGAAUAUCAUUAUAGCACAUUACCUUUUCCACCUGGCU